AUGAUUGAAGGACAAAAAAAACCUACUUCAGCAUCUGAAGUUCACACUAAAUCAAACACACGACAGAAAAUCGAAAAAACGAAAAAUAAAAUAACUCAAGGCAAAAUAUCAAUUAAGAUCGGCAUUGGGAUUUUAUUGACAUUUAUUACAAUUAUACUUCAAUGUAUAGCAUUUUUUACACCACAUUGGAAAGAAAUAACUCCCAAUACACAUUCAUUAUAUGUCGAUGGUGUAGAUGCUUUAAUACGUACUGAAAUAUUACAUUAUUUUAAUACCGUACAUCGUUAUAGUCGUCAUUCAUAUGGUUUAUUUCAACGAUGUGAAAAUAUUUUAAGUAAUUCAUCAAUAAUAAAUAAUCAGAAUAAUCUUCAAAAACAAGAUUUAUUUAAUUUUUUUUUAAAUAAACGAAAUAGCAAAUGUACAAAAAAUUAUUUACCUUCCUAUCAAGAUGAUUAUUUUAAUAAAUGCCAUAGUUUACCAUAUUAUCAAUUUUGUACAAAAGCAAAUGAAAAAAAUUUUGAUAUUAAUACUAAUUAUCUUCGUGCAACAUUUGAUAUAUCUUAUUCGCAAACAAAUUCCGAUUUAAAAUUUUCUUGUGAUUGUCUUUAUCCGCCCUAUGCUAUUCUAUGUCAAAUAAUUGGAAUAUUAGCAUUAAUAUGUUUAUCUGCAACUAGUCUAUUAUAUAGUUCAUUUCCAUUUUUGUCUAAUCUGCAUUAUCGUUUAAAAAUAAAAUGCUUCGCUUUAUUAGCAUCUGUAUUAGCAAUAUUAUUUUUAAUGUUAAAUUUAAUAAUUAUCUAUCAACAUCUUGAAUAUGAAUCUAUUGCUUAUUUAAUUGCUAUACAAAAACAUUAUAAAUCUAAUCAAAUUUAUAAAUUAUCACAAGAUACAACAACUGCUAUUAAUCGAUUUUUAUCAAGUAUUAAUAUUCGUAUUGGUUAUUCAACAAUUUUAGCUUGGAUUGCAUUCGGUUUAGCAAUAUUUGAUGCAAUCUUUUUAUUAUUUGUAUGUAGAAUUCCAGAUUCUGAUGAUGAUGAUGAUGAAAAAGAAACUCGUACGAAUUUAAUUUCAUCACAACAAGAAGAUCAUAAUACAUCUCUUACAUUCACAUCAGUUCCAGAUGAUAAUGAAUUAUCUACGCCAAUACCACCACUACCUAAAUUCCCUAUGAAAAAUAAUAAUAAUGAAACAACUCAUAUUUCUUCAGAUCCACAAAAUCAAAAAUAUUCACCUUCACGAAGACCAAUUGAAGAUGAAGUGUGA